CUGAGACACGCACACUCGUGAGGUUGGAGAAGGACGCCAACAUGGCUGAAGCAGAGGGGAGCGAAGUUACUUCAGGAGGAAUUUUCCAAGAAAUCUUCACCUCCCCGUUGAACCUCACCCUGCUCAGCCUCUGCUUGUUCUUGUUGUACAAAAUCUUCCGCGGCGACCGGCCGUCGGACCUUGGCGAGGUGGAGAAGCCUCUGCCUAAAAUGAAAAAGAAGGAUUUCACUCUGGCAGAGUUGAAGCCUUACGAUGGAGUGCAGGAUCCGCGGAUUCUCAUGGCCGUUAACGGGAAAGUAUUCGACGUGACCAGAGGAAAGAAGUUCUACGGACCAGACGGGCCGUACGGCGUGUUCGCCGGCAGAGACGCCUCCAGAGGCCUGGCCACCUUCUGCCUGGACAGAGACGCCCUGAAGCCGGAGUACGACGACCUGUCGGACCUGAACGCCAUGCAGCAGGAGAGCCUGGCCGAGUGGGAGACGCAGUUCACCAUGAAAUACGAUUACAUCGGGAAACUGCUGAAACCGGGAGAAGAACCGAGCGAAUACACGGACGAAGAGGAGGGAAAGGACAAGAAGAGCGACUAGAGGACGAAGAGGAGGACGAAGAGGAGACUGGCCUUACCGUUUGUAGCGCCUUCGCUCUGAGCUUCAGGACUUUCUGAGAAAACAUUUCCAUUUCCUUCAGCUUUGGACCAAUCACUGAUCUGCGUUUCUCUCCGUUUCUUCGGGCCGUUAACGGUGAAGCGCCGUGUUUCUGCUCAGAUCGUCUCUUUGUAAUCGGUUUCAUCUGAACUCAAACUCGGCUGAAUUGGUGAAAAUAAAAAUGUGUCAGAAGCUGUUUGGACUCUUUCUGAUGAAAACCUUUUAAAGACGAUAAAUUAGCAUAAUUAUUGCAUCUUAAAUGUUAAGGAAGCUGCAUGUAGACGGAGUUACAAACAACUGAUCUGGACUGUUUUGUACAUAAUCGAUUCCCAACCUGAACAGAAACGGUUCAUUCAGAUUUCUGCUGUUUUCUCUGCUUUUACAUUGUGAGACAUUUUAAACUUUUUGCUUCUUUUUUAUGUUUAAGAUGAAAUAUAAUCAUUUGAAGACUUUUAAUGACACUACGCUCUGAAACUACUGUUGUAAUAAACUGCUUCUGUUUUUAUUAUUUUAGCACUAAAUCAGGAUCUGAUCUUUACAUUUAUUCUGGUUACUAAAAUGAUCUUCUGAUGGUUUUAAGCUCAAACUCAUUUAAAGUUUAUUUUUCUGUUUUGCUCUUGUUUUACGCAUUUAAUUUGUUAUAAAAUGAAGCAAUAUUUUCCUGUAUGUAUGCAUAGGGUCUCAGACAUAAUCUCUGAAUCAUAUUUUGAUUUAAUAAAGAAAAGUUUAAAAUGA